AUGAGGAUCCGUUGCGAAUUCAAGUAUCCUCGACGGCUGGUCCGUCGCCUCGGGGCUCUUGGGUGUUUUGUUCUUUUGCAUUUUCUGCUUCUGGGAUUAGCUUCAGAAACAAAUGCUUUUGAGCCUUUUGAAAUACCUUUUGGGGACGAGGAAGGAAUUCUUCCUUUUCCCCUCGACGAAGAACUGGGGGGGGGGCCGGUGGUCCAUGCACCGGACGCCUUGGCAGACCGCCCGGAGAACGCGGCGUUUACUGCCCUUCAGAGCUAUGAAAGCGUUCAAGUGAUAAUUACAAAUUCAGAAAAAGAGAGGAAACUGGCCGGGUGGUUCAUUUCUCCCUGGGCUCAGUCAAAAUGCCGAACAGAAGACUGGGACGAGCAGCGGCUCAACGAAGCCCUCAGUCUAGCAGCUUCUUCUUCUGCUCACAAGCGCGGCAUGCGGCACUUCGCAGUGGAGAGCUGCUGGCGUGAGAGCAGCAAGCAGGAGUCUGCGUCUCCGCCUGCUGCAGAUGACGAUGAACCCACCGAGCACGAAGACAGCCACCUGUCCAUACACCCGGGAGAAAUUGAAGUCAAUAAGACCAUAUUCCCUCGUGGAAUUGCAUCUGCUGCGAAAUAUGCUCGCGAUAAAGGACUUCUCUUCGGCUUAGGCGUCACCGUCACCCCUAGAGAAUGCCCUGGGCUUGAACCCCACCCAGAGGGGGUUACCCGGGCAGAGUUGGUUGGAGCCAUGGCUGCCUGGGGUAUUGACUUUCUUAAGCUAAACUCGUGCGCACAAACCCCAGAAGAAGCUGCGGCAGAAUUGGAGUUAUGGGGCGAAGCUGCAAACGCCCUCGUUCCCUCUCUGCGGCUGAUCUGCUCCUGGACACCCCAAAAGCCACACGGAGAAGACAGCAAGGCGGCCUUAAAGGCAAUGAAUUCAUUCUGUGGGGAGUGGGUGGACACUGAUAGCAGCAGCAGCAGCAGCAGCAGCAGCAGCAGCAGCUCUCAUGAUAUGCAGAUGAACUCGGGAUCGGAUCCCACGAAGCUGGGAUCGGAUCCCGUUGCUGUGGCGACGGAGAGGCAAAGGCGUUUGGCUUUAACUGCUCUCUUUGGGGGUCAAGUGUCAGUGAGAGUUUCUUCCUUCACCGACUUUCUGCAAGAAGCCUCUCUCAUAGAAGACGGGGUGCUCCUCACGGCCGUAACUGAUCCCCACCCAGGCGCAGUGCAGCGCAGCAACGGCUCCGACGGCUUAGAGGUGAUAUGUAGACAGCUGGGUGAUGGAGAUUUCAUAUUGGGUUUUUUUAAUGGGUUGCAGCAGCCGCUUUCUAUUGUAGCAGCAGCACCAGACCUGCUGCAGUGGUGCGGCCUGCAGGGGCCAGCGCCCCUCAAGCUAACGCAGGCCUGGACUCAGAAGCAGCAGCAACAGCAGCAGCAGCAGCAGCAGCAGCAGCAGAAGCUGAAUCUGCAGCUGCCGCCGGUGGGUGCGGGCCUUGUGCAGGUGGAGUUAGUUGACCCCUUGUAA